AUGACCGAUGAUGCCGACAUCCAGCAGCAGAUUCUGCAGAGAACCCUACAGGAGGUAGCGCAGGAGCACUCCCAGCAUCAAGAGGAUGUCUCCGAUCCCUGCGUCAUCUGUCUGGAACCCAUCACAGAACCUGCAAUCGCGGUGUCCUGCAACCAUGCGAAUUUUGACUUUCUCUGCCUCGUGAACUGGCUUGAGCAGCGUCGCAACUGUCCCCUCUGCAAGAGUGACGUAUCCUCCGUCAAGUACAAUCUCGAUAAGCCCGAUGGUCCGCAAACGUACCAGCUGCCUGCAGUCCCUCAAGCAUCGGCUGAUGCGCCAUCUAAUGCCCACUUCCCACACAACAGACCACUUUAUCGAAACACUCGUCGCCCGCGACGUCCCCGGAGCCCCCCGCCACAGACGCCCGACGACCCCAUCAGAAGAAGGCAGCAUGUCUACCGCAACCACCUAUAUUCCCUCCGUGUCGGCUCCAACCGCCUGUCCCAAUACCGCGAGUUUACGCCCGACAUGUUCAACACAGAUGAAGAGCUAGUUUCGCGAGCCCGCAAAUGGAUUCGGCGGGAACUCCGAGUCUUUGAGUUCCUGAAUCCUGACACUCAAUCGGACUCCCAGGUAACUCGGCCAGGGCAACAAAGACUUGAGAGUCGGCGGGGGAAUAAUGCCGAGUUCCUCCUCGAGUAUAUAAUUGCUAUCCUCCGGACCGUCGAUAUCAAGGGAAGUGCUGGACAGGCUGAGGAACUCCUGCGGGACUUUCUUGGAAGGGAGAAUGCUUCCUUGUUCCUACAUGAACUUCAGGCUUGGCUGCGGAGUCCGUAUACGUCUUUGGAGGACUGGGAUCGCAAUGUGCAAUAUGGGGAUCCAGCCGCACAAGCCAGCCAUUCGCAGCCCGCGGCGCCAGACAGGACAUCAACUCCUGUAUAUAGAGCUGGUCGGGGACGUGGCAGGGUUGGGAAGCCGCAUGACUCUCGAAGACGCCAUCAUUCACGAAGAGACCGCGAUUCUCUAGCGAGAAGAAUGCAAUACGCGCGGGACCGUUGUAACCCGGACUGA